CACUCGAGUUACAUGUGUUUGAGCGCGGCAGCCGGUGGACUGCGAGAGACUGACACGGAUACGAAAAAGGGAAAAGUCGGGGUGUCUUUCUCCACGAGGUUAUCGGAAACAUGAUUGCAUCGCAUCUUCUAGCGUAUCUUUUUGCCGAACUGAGCCAUGAUCAAGUGCAAAAGGUUGAUAAAUAUCUCUAUCACAUGCGACUGUCAGAUGAGACACUUCUGGACAUCUCAAACCGCUUCCGGAAGGAGAUGGAGAAAGGGCUUGGCAAAGAUACCAACCCCACUGCCUCAGUUAAGAUGCUGCCCACUUUUGUCUGUUCAACCCCAGAUGGCACUGAAAAAGGUGAUUUCUUAGCUUUGGAUCUUGGUGGCACCAACUUUCGGGUUCUGUAUGUUAAAGUCUCAGAUAAUGGGAAGCAAAAAGUGGAGAUGCAGAAUCAAAUCUAUGCUAUUCCUGAGAACUUGAUGAGGGGGAGUGGAUCACAGCUCUUUGACCACAUUGCAGAGUGUCUUGCCAACUUCUUGGAAAAGCUUGAAAUCAAGGACAAGAAGCUCCCACUAGGAUUUACAUUCAGCUUUCCAUGUCAACAGAAUAAACUGGAUGAGAGCAUCCUUCUAAACUGGACAAAAGGUUUCAAAGCUAGUGGUGUUGAGGGUCGAGAUGUUGUUGGACUGCUGAGAAAAGCUAUUAGGAAGCGAGGGGAUUUCGACAUCGAUGUUGUUGCAGUUGUUAAUGACACUGUAGGCACCAUGAUGACCUGUGGCUAUGAUGACCAUAACUGUGAAGUAGGGCUGAUUAUUGGCACUGGUACUAAUGCAUGCUACAUGGAAGAGAUGCGCCAUAUAGAUCUUGUGGAAGGUGAUGAGGGACGUAUGUGUAUCAACAUGGAGUGGGGUGCAUUUGGAGAUGACUGUGUUCUGGAUGAUGUACGAACAGAGUUUGACCGUGAAAUAGACAUGGGCUCCCUCAACCCUGGCAAGCAGCUUUUUGAGAAGAUGAUCAGUGGAAUGUACAUGGGAGAGCUGGUGCGACUUAUUAUGGUUAAAAUGGCCAAAGAAAAUCUGCUGUUUGGUGGCAAGAUCACCCCCAGUCUUUUGACCACAGGACACUUUGAGACCACAUUUGUCUCUGCCAUUGAGAAAGAUAAGGAUGGCCUGGAGAAAGCUAAUGAGGUCCUUUCAAAACUUGGCCUGGAUCCCUCACAUGAAGAUUGUCUAGCGACACAAAGGAUCUGCCAAAUCGUUUCAGAGCGUGCUGCCAAUCUGUGUGCUGCAACACUGGCUGGCGUGCUGCGGCAAAUCAAAGAAAACAAGGCUGUGGAUCGUUUGCGAACUACAGUUGGGGUGGAUGGUUCGGUGUACAAGAAGCAUCCUCAGUUUGCACGGCGCUUGCACAGGAUGGUACGCCGCCUGGUCCCUGACUGUGAUGUGCGCUUCCUGCGCUCCGAGGAUGGCAGUGGCAAAGGUGCUGCCAUGGUGACAGCAGUGGCAUAUAGGCUGGCUAGCCAGCAAGCAGAACGGCAGACCACAUUGGACAUGUUUCGCUUGAAUAAGGAGCAGCUAUUAGAAAUCAAGCAGCGAAUGCGAGUAGAGAUGGAACGUGGUUUGAAGAAAGAAACCCAUAACAGUGCCACAGUUAAGAUGUUGCCAACUUAUGUACGCUCCACACCUGAUGGCACAGAAAAAGGGGAUUUCCUUGCUCUGGACCUGGGUGGGACAAAUUUUCGAGUGCUUCUGGUACGGGUGCGUAAUGGGAUGCGACGUGGUGUGGAGAUGCAUAACAAGAUCUACUCGAUCCCAGCUGAGGUGAUGCAGGGCACUGGUGAGGAGCUCUUUGAUCACAUUGUGCACUGUAUCUCGGAUUUCCUAGAAUACAUGGGAAUGAAAGGUGUGUCACUACCUAUGGGCUUUACUUUCUCCUUCCCUUGUCACCAAAACAACCUGGAUGAGGGUAUCCUUUUGAAGUGGACAAAGGGGUUCAAGGCAACUGGCUGUGAAGGAGAGGAUGUUGUUACUUUGCUAAAAGAGGCCAUUCACCGAAGGGAGGAAUUUGAUUUAGAUGUGGUAGCAGUUGUAAAUGAUACAGUUGGUACAAUGAUGACCUGUGGCUAUGAAGAUCCUUAUUGUGAAGUUGGCUUGAUUGUAGGGACUGGCAGUAAUGCAUGCUACAUGGAAGAGAUGCGAAAUGUGGAUCUAGUAUCUGGAGAAGAAGGGCGCAUGUGCAUUAAUAUGGAGUGGGGAGCCUUUGGAGAUAGUGGUUGCUUGGAUGACUUCAGAACCCCCUUUGAUAAGUCUGUUGAUGACCUGUCCCUCAACCCUGGAAAACAAAGGUAUGAGAAGAUGAUCAGUGGAAUGUACCUUGGAGAAAUUGUCCGUAACAUUCUUAUUGAUUUUACCAAAAGAGGCCUGCUCUUUAGGGGCCGCAUCUCUGAAAGGCUGAAAACUAGAAGCAUCUUUGAGACCAAAUUCCUGUCGCAGAUUGAGAGUGAUCGUCUCGCCUUGCGUCAGGUGCGCUCAAUCCUGCAACACUUGGGUCUGGACAGCACUUGUGAUGACAGUAUCAUUGUCAAGGAGGUGUGCACUGCUGUAGCCCGGCGGGCUGCUCAGCUGUGUGGUGCUGGCCUUGCUGCUGUUGUGGAUAAAAUCCGUGAAAACCGUGGCCUGGAUUUUCUCAAGAUCACCGUUGGAGUGGAUGGCACCCUGUACAAACUACACCCCCACUUUGCGACUGUUUUGCAUCAAACAGUCCAGGACUUGGCCCCCAGCUGCAGUGUCUCCUUUCUCCAGUCUGAAGAUGGAAGUGGCAAAGGUGCAGCGCUCAUCACAGCUGUGGCCUGUCGGAUUCGUGAAGCAGGGCAGCGCUGAUCAGAACAUAAAUGAGCCUCUGGUAGAGGAAGAUUAAAAACAAAUCUGGCAAUGUGGGACAAUUUACAGCUAGGUUUCCCUCUAAUAAUCACUCUUCAGUGAAGGACUGAAACGGCAAAGGGAUUUUUGAAAGGGCUUACCUGGCAUUGUAGCACCCUGACGGUUGGUUUUUUUUUUUUUUUUUUUUUUUUCCCCCUAACAUACAUUGGUUCUACCUUGGCAGUACUGGAGUGUUUAUUUUUUAUUUUUAUUUUUUUGUUUACAAGUAUUUGACUUUGGGAAAUAA